AUGUUGGUCAUAAAAAGUGUGCGUAACACAUGCUCCAGCAAGGGACAGCAAAGCCAGCUGUGGCAGUGCGGAGGUUACUUGGUUGAGCCUCUUGCCGGGGGCGAGCGCCAGAGUCCCACUGUCUGUGCUACUUGUGCUGGUAGGACUGGUCACUUCGCCAUGAUUGCUCCAAACAGCAUCAUAGUCCUACUUGUGCCCGCCUUGGUACUAGCUCAUGACACCUACGACCCAACCGACUAUGAACAUCAUCCAAUGAUCACAGCAGCAAUGGAAGCGCACAUGAAUAGAGACUGCAGUGACGUGGACAUUGACCCUGAGUCGUUCUGGAUGAGGAAAUUCUCUGAGCUUGUCAAGGACAGAUUGCCAAACGAACCUGUCACAUGGGAUGACCUCCUGCCAAACCUGGAACGCCUGUCGGAAUAUGACGAAAAAGGUUAUUUGGAAGCCAUUGCAAAAGGAAAGAUGGACGCAAGCAGCCUGCAGUUCCCGACCCCACACCUCGGGCCCCUCAUUCUCCCCGCCUACAUGCCCGCCAAGUACCAGCCAGAGAAGCUUCCGAAGAUUGUGCUUCAGCAGAUAUUCAAUGGAGAAUAUGUGUACGAGGAGGUUCUUCCAUCGCCUUCACGGAAACGGCGCAGCGCGGACGACGGCGCGGACGACGGCGCGGACGACGGCGAGGUGGAGGAACGGAAGGUGGAGCAACCUCGGCUCUUCCGCCACAAGCGCAGUUCUUACUCGGACGACAUCCCGCCUGUGGAGGGCCACUCGAUGAACCACGAGGUGGAAGAGGUGGAGAUCGGAGAAGGGGGAGAGCUCCUGAACCGCAAGCGCCGUGAGCUCCCGUUGGGCAUGGCCGUUUUCCCGCCGAAGAACUCCAUGUUCACAGUGAAGACGCUGUGCAUGAGCGUCAACGCCACGGGCCACAUAGAAUUCCCGACCAUAUAAGGGCCGGCGGAAUCCACGCUGACGCCCGACCCACUCCAGGAGAACCUUUGCAUCGCGACGUCUCACGGAAGGGAACAGUUAGAGAGUUCCGAGGGAAAUGAGAUCUUGUUCCAUUGUGAUUAUAGUUCAUACAUUUUAUCUUGAUAACUACCCCAUCUCUUAAUAAUAUUUAUGUACUGAUAUAUAAUGGGAUAGGUGAUUUUAAUAUUUAUCAGAUAAUGAAAUAGGAAUUCGGAGUUAUUAAAGGAUAAAGACCAAUAAAAAUA